AUGUCACAAGCCGAAGUUAUUGAUACUAUUCAUGAUAAUGAAAAAAAUCGUAAACGAAUAAAUGAAUAUAUAGAGUCAUUAAUCGAUUGUGCAGAAACAUAUACACAAACUGAAGAAGUCCCUGAUCCUAAUGUACUUCAACAAUAUAAAGAAACAUUAAAAUCAAUGCUAGAAUUAGAGAGUAAAUUAAAUGGACAUCUUGCAGCAUUAAGAAGGUCACAAGAUAAUCCAGAUGCAAUUGAAGAUGAACGUGCUUUUAAAGCAGAAUACAAACAAAGUGUUAUUAAUAAUACUGAAACUAUUGGAGAUGAUCACCCUAAAAUCAAAGAAAUGAAACGAAGGAUUUGGUAUGCUCGUCAUAGUGAACCUUAUUUCGAAGAUGAGAAUGAAGGAAUUAUUAUUUCAAACACACGUUCAUUUAUAUGUCCUUUAACUAAAAAACUAUUUGUUAAUCCAGUUAAAGCACAAGUAUGUGGACAUGUAUUUUCAAAAGAGGCUAUUUAUAAUUUAAUUGGACGUAAUAAAACUAUUAAAUGUCCAGUUGCAGGAUGUGACCAUUCUUUUGGGAUAAAUGAUUUAAUUGAAGAUUAUGAAACACAACACGCUAUGGACAGAGAGAAAAAGAAUGCAAUGUCCGAAGAGAGUUCUAGUGAAGCAGAGUUGGUAUGA